AGAUAACAGAGUCAACUGAACUGAAAGCGGUUAUAUUUUCUAAAUCACAGCUAACAGUUCUGGUUGAAAAUAGAUGGCUUGUAAGUUUAUGGAUUCAGUACCCUGCACCACUUUCCAUCAAGAGCAUUAUAGAAAUUGCUUCCUGCAGAGCUAUUGCAAGUUCUAGGAAAUAUGUUUAUUCUUUGACAACUGGAGGAAAUGUUGCUGCAUAUUCUGUUGACAGUGGUGAACGGAUUGGAGUAGUGAAUCUGUACUCAUUGUUACCAUAUGGUCAAGGUUCAGAGGUCCUUGAAGUGUUUUCAGGCUUGGCAGUGUCUGCAAGUGGAGACUUUAUUGCUGUAUCAGAUGUUACUGGCAAAGUUUUUAUUGCCAAAGUUCAGGAAUAUUUCAGCAAAACUGAUCUUCAGGAUGAAAGAAGAUGAUGCACUGACAUCUGGAGUGAUAACGGUAUUCAUUUACAGUGAAGCCUCUGCAUUGCAGACAUCUCUGGAGCACAGAUUUUCUCUGUCCUCAAUUUUCCACCUUUUGGAUUCAUUGAUAUGCAACUAUAACAGGUCUUUUAUAGUGCAGAAGCAAUUUGUGUGCACCAGCGUUUUGUCACUUCACAACUUUUUAAUGCAUAAACAAAUUACUGUACAGCAGUGGUAAUUGACGUUGAUAAAAGGGGAUAAUGUAUUUGUAAGAUUGUCAUAAUAAGUAAUUUAUUUAAUGGUUUCAGUAUGGUUUGUAGUAAGAAAUGUCCUGGCAGUGGACAGGUGCUUUGGUAACUCCUACCAGUCAAUUUAGAUGAAGUGGUAAUAUUGUGACUGGUGUUCAUGAGAUGCCUGGGUUGAAUCUUGGCCAGGACACUGACUGCCUUGACAUGAUUUUAAUUAAUAAUAAUAAUAAUAAUAAUAAUAAUUUUAUUUAACAUUCAUCACAGUUACAAAUUGUAACUCUCGAACAAGUCCCAUACACGUACAACUUUUCUAGUCUAAUUGGCCUCCUGCCCAAUCAAUUGAACGUCAUCAUAUAUCACAUAACAUAACAUUUUCUCAGUGUCUCCAGACAAAUUCUGGGAUAGUACCUUACAUUAGUCCAUGACUGCUGCCCUCCCUAUCAUUUCCAAAUCAUUAUUCACAUAAAAUUAUGUGCUUAUGUAUAGUCUGAGUUUCUGACAGCAGCAUUAAAUAAAUAAACAUAUGGUUCCUCCAUUUCUGGUCAUUGGUCAUUAUAUUGCUAUUAAAAGAACAGACAAAAACAGGUGUUAUAUGAGUAACAGAAUUAAUGAUUUGGGUGAAAAUCAGUAUGUUACAGUUUUAAAAGUUGAUUUCCAUGUGUUUGCUAAGAUGUUGAAGUUCACGAAGCAUGUUUAUGAAUGGUUGUGCUUUAAGCCUGCAUUUUAAAGACAUUUAGUUCAAAUCAUAGCCCUUACUGAAUUUUAUAAUUGAUAUCUCAGUUUCUUCAAGUGAUUACCAGGAAUAGGUUACAGCUGUCUUCUUCCAAAUCCAAUAUUCUUGUGUCAUUUGAAAUCAUGCAUAUUGUCUUGUCACUUUAAAUAGCAGUGUUGGGUAACCUAAGAUUCAGCCAUAGCAAGAUGAACAUGUUUACUCCCUGAAUUCUACUGGGGACUGGUUUAUUAUAUGUGAGGCUUUCAUGUAUGUUUUCCAGAAGGAAAAAAUAAAUGGAUUGCAUGUGUUUUACUUCUGUGUUUUUCUGUAUGUGUGACAGUUUAAAUUUUUCAACUUUUACUUCUGGAAGUAUUGCUGUGUGUUAGGUUUUCCUGUAUCAGCAAAGCUGCACCUUUUAACAAGUGACAGGUGUUUAUUUCAAGUUUUUUCUUAUUGCUAGUGGGGUGGGACUAAGUCUCUUGCACUGCGGCCACUUCUGGCCUAUUGUACCA